GUUUUUUUUUUUUUGACAAGAUGGGAGGGUUAUUUUCUCAUUUUUUUUUAAUUAAAGCCUAAGUUUAUAAACUCCAGGUUUUCACGAGUUCAUAUUUUUACAAUCUCACUCUUCCCCUCGCGCUGUGCUCUCACCGAUUCUCUCUCGCUCGUCUCGCCACCGUUCACGCCGCCGUCUCCGCAGCCUUCUAAAAGAAAAAAGCACUACUUGAGUCUCUCUUCUUGUUGCUGCCAUCAAACACUGCCACAGUAAAUUCCUAAGGGGAAAUAAUCCGAAAACAUGAGUCGAGGAAGUGGAGGUGGAUACGAUCGUCACAUCACUAUUUUCUCCCCCGAGGGGCGUCUCUUUCAAGUUGAGUAUGCUUUCAAGGCUGUUAAAGCUGCAGGGAUAACCUCGAUUGGUGUCCGAGGAAAUGAUUCUGUUUGUGUUGUUACUCAGAAAAAGGUUCCGGACAAACUCUUGGAUCAGACAAGUGUUACACAUCUCUUUCCCAUCACUAAGUACCUUGGUUUACUUGCAACUGGCAUGACAGCUGAUGCUAGGACACUGGUUCAACAAGCAAGAAAUGAAGCAGCCGAGUUUCGCCAUAAAUAUGGAUAUGAGAUGCCUGUCGAUGUGUUGGCUAAAUGGAUUGCAGAUAAAUCACAAGUUUAUACUCAACAUGCUUAUAUGAGACCACUUGGAGUUGUUGCUAUGGUCUUGGGUAUUGAUGACGAAAAUGGGCCUCAGCUUUACAAAUGUGACCCUGCUGGUCAUUACUAUGGUCACAAGGCCACAAGUGCUGGAUUGAAGGAUCAAGAGGCAAUUAAUUUCUUGGAAAAGAAGAUGAAGAACGACCCUUCAUUUACCUAUGAGGAGACAGUUCAGACUGCCAUAUCUGCCUUGCAAUCAGUUCUUCAAGAGGAUUUUAAGGCCACUGAGAUUGAGGUUGGAGUGGUGCAAAAGGAUAAUCCAGCAUUUAGAGUUUUGUCCACCGAGGAAAUUGAUGAGCACUUGACUGCCAUAAGCGAGCGUGAUUGAUUUAUUAUUAAGGAUAUGACUGUUCAAACUUUGUGAUGUUCAAUUAAAUCAUUUACGUAUUUCUAGAUCACUGAAUUGAUAUCCUUAUGAUAUUUGAGUAUCCACCGUUGUCGAAGAUUGUAUUCACAUCUGUUACAAGUUGGAGUUUACCAAAUCAAAUCAUGUUUUACUCUUCCAUCCCUUAAACUUUGUACAACCCAUGUGGGAAAAAAACUAGAGCAUUUGAGUUGAACACAGUAAGGUGGUCCUAUCCUGUGUUUGAUAUCAUCGUCUGUUCCACAGUUUAAUCGAAUUGAGCAGUAUCAAGAAAUUAAAAUUAUAAAGUUUACUUGGGACCA